AUGGCAUCAUCCCUUUUCCUCAUCCUAUGUACUUCUCUCAUCAUUUUCAUGCCCGCCACCAACACUCGUGUUCAAGCUUCCGUUCAAUUCAAAGUUGGUGGUAUCCUCGGUUGGCAUGAACCUGCCCUCAACAAUACUGAUUUUUAUAGCCAAUGGGCUGAAAGGAACAGGUUUCAAGUCGGUGAUGCUCUCGUUUUUGAGUACCAGAAUGACUCAGUUCUUAGAGUGGAGGAAUUGGAUUACAUGACUUGUGACGCAAGUAACCCUAUCACAGCCUUUAACAAUGGUAAGAGCACUUUUAAUCUUGACAGGCCUGGGAACUUCUACUUCAUUAGUGGAACCAAUGACCACUGCAAAAAUGGGCAAAGAUUAGUUGUGGAUGUGAUGCAUCCACAUCCUAUUCUUACAUCUCCACCACCCAUUUCUCUUCCACCCGAAGGCUUUCCACCGGAAGGUUUUCCACCAAUGGAUCCUCCACCUUUUGAUCAAAGCUCAGAUGAUUCAACAUCAGCCUCUGUGGUGCUUACUGCAACUUCUAGUUCUGUUUUGGUCACAUUUGUUAGUGUGAUGCUGUUAGCACCAUGA